AAUUCCGCGGCAUCGCUGAUUAAUUACGUUGACUUAUUUCCACCUCGCGAUACUUUCGUAAGCUCGUAUUAUUUUUUUCCGAAUAAAAAUGGCGGUUUAUUACUUUCACGAAUAUUGUGAUCGUCGACUUGUUUUUAUGUAGAGAAGGAUAAAAUCCGCGAUUGAUUCGUGUUGCUUUGACGAGGAAAAUAAAAAUCUGUUAUAUAGAAACGAAGGCACAGAAAACUUCACAGAUCGGAUUAUAAAUGCUCGAUGCGCCAGUCGACUGAAAAUAAUCUCUGUGUACAGAUAUGAUUAAUUAACAAAGUAUUUUAAUGCAAGACUUUAUGUGUACAUGUGAAUGGCAUAAGAUCGAGGCAACUCGUGCGAAUAUCACGAAAGGAAUUAAAAUUAUCCGUGACGUCACGGAUACACUAACACACUGCGGGAGGCGCUCUUGGGUGUUCGCUUGGUCGUUCGGGAGGUGACAAAGUGGAAGGCGCUCGCUCACUCCUUCAUUUUGCGAUUCAGGCCGGAUAGUCGAGACCGUGAGACCGGCUGCCACGCAUCGUUUUCGUUUCGUCCUGACAUUGUAACAUAAGUUCAUUCGGACCGAAAAAAAUGUCAAAAAUUGUCAAACUACGAUCGGUCAAAACUGAAUAAAAGUUCGAUUCAACUCGUUUUUUUAGACGCUCGGAACAAAAUACAGGCUGCGCCGCGGAUUGGUAAACAAACGUGAACGAACGUGUUCGGUGUGCAGCUCGUUUCUAGAAGUUCUUACAUUUUCCUCGAAGUGUAAAAAUAGUGAAAGUGUGUUUUUUCCGUUCGUUCACACCUGAUUUGGAAUAUUCUAUAUUUGUAGCCUUUCGCCUCAGAGAGCUUGUCAAAGUGUAGAAGAAACAAGUGAAGAGAUGCAAAUGGAGAAUGAGACGAAAUUGCGGACGAUCGUGACACAGAUCUGGUGAUAUUAUUGUCACCACGCGCCAGUGAAGACUUAUCCAACAGCAGAUGCACCACGUCGAUUACGAUUGAAAAUCGUCGUCACUGGUGUACUAUUUCAAUUACGAAUUCAUUUUUUUUGAUCUUCAAAAACACGAUACACUUUUCAAAAUAAUGUCACGAAGACCCAGUAUCUCGAUUUAUGAUUAUCCCGAGGAUUUGAAUCCCUUCAACGAUGACUCGACGACAACUGCAACAACCACGACUAACGGUACUAAAAAAAUAAACCACGAAGCGAAAAAUUCCGUCAAAGACUCUAAGCACAAAUUUUGGACUUUUGGAAGAAGCAAAAAGAAACAAAGGUCCAACAGUUUUUCCAUCAAAACUACAUGCUGCUUCAAUUUGAGGAAUGGCUUAUUCGGCAAACGCAGAGAUUCGCAGGAAGUGGAGAUAAGAAAACCGACGAUUGCCACAGUUUCGUCGACCUACAAACGCGGAACGUACAACGGAUAUCCCUCGACACCAGCACGCUUGUCAAAGGACCAACAGGAAUUCAACGAAGCGCUUGGUACUCUUGCGAGGAGGCGAAAAUACACUUUGGACAAUUCGUCCAGAUACAGCUCGACAUUGACCGUCAAUGGCGAUCCUGGAAAACUUUGUGAACCCUGUCCACAGGACACCACCACUUGCAUUCUGGAGAAUUUGACUCCCAAAGCUCCUGCAAGACGUUUCGGACAGGUGAGUCCAAAACCGACUGACAAAAUACCGUCUCUGGAUUACAGUGGCAAAGAAAACACGAGCAACGGAAGUGUUUCCGAAGAGAGAGCACCGAACCGAACUCCAAUUCCGCCGAAACGCGGCGGACCAAGAGCUUCCCAAAGAUCGUUAGCGCCAAUAUUCUUAAACGAUGAAGGUUCCUCGCGUUCUGCUGAUACCUCGAUCAGAGACGAAAACGAAAACGUUCCAGAAGAUUAUGUAUUUAAAAGAUUCAAUCAAGACGCCAUUAGGAAAUCGAAUCUGUCGAUUAACAGCUGCGUCUCGGUUGGCAGUACCGUCAGUGCCUAUGGCAGGAAAAAACGACGAGCGCCUCAACCUCCGUGCAUCAAAGAACCCUUGGAAACUCCCAAAGAAACCGACGCCGCACGUGCACCGGAAGCCGACGUUUCGAAAACAGAGGUCGAGAUCGUGGAUAUAGCUCGAGUGACGGAGAAUAUCGACGAAAUGACGAAGAGAAGUCGUGAAUUGGACGAUAAUGUGGAAUCAACUUGUUCAACGAGAGCCAGCAACGGAGUCGACGAUGAGAAAGCGAGAGAACAAAGCGAAGGUGCAAAUAAAUUUUCGCCGGACGAAAAAACUGAGGAAGCGUUACGGAUGGACGACGAAGGAGAAACGGAGUCUCGGAAGAGUUCGACGCAAGUCGUGGAGAUCGAGGAUGGAAAAGCUGAAGAAACGUCAGAAAGUGUGACGUCCCCGGAAGAAGGGAGGAGUAAAAGCUGCGAGUUGAAAGACGAUAACGAACAAAAGAAAAAUGAGGUCGACGUCGGGGUCGAACUGCGACGGAGAUCUGAUGAUCGAGCGAUCGAAACGUUGAAAGAGGCGGAGGUUUAUUCGUCGACGGAAGAAUUUACUCUAACACGACGAAAAUCCUCGGGUAACUUGUCCCGAAGUAGUAGUUUUUCAGUCAAGGACGAAAUCGAGAAGAUCGAACGCCAAAUAAAAAUACUCGAGUCAACGAAAGCUCGUGACUCGAGCGACGAGGAGGUGAGCGAUAAUUUCGAGCGUGCAGGCACUCGAAUGUCCUUGCGGGAAACACGAAACAAUUUCUUUCGGGAGUUGACCGAAAAUGACAGGGUCAAAGUUCAACUGAAAGAAUUACCAAGAGAACAAAAUGACAUUAGAAUCGUUAGAAUCGAAGACCCGCCGAUUUCUACCGACGGCCCUACCGAACCCGUCAAAAUCAUCGAACUUCAUAUCUCUGAACCAAUCAGACAAAAACCCGCGAUUAUUGUCGAUCGAGACAUAAAUCCUAUACCAAAGCCACGUAGACAUAGCAAUUUAGACAUUGUCAAUAAAGAGUCGAGAGUUAAAGCCCGACGGGAAAAAGAGGAUGAGGAAAAACGUGGGAAUUCGCUGUGAUCCUCGUCGUUGUUAUCGUUAAUAAACAAUCGAUUCAAUCAAAUUCAGGGCUGAGAAAGAAACCAUGUGAUUCUUUAAUCAGGCUGUAACGUUCAUUUUCCAUGUUGUCUUUUUUCGUGCUACGAAUUCGAGUUAUAUACGUAUCGUUUCGUUUUUUUAUAGACCAUUAUUUCAAUCGAUGUGAUAACCGAUCGAAUAAUUUACCAAUGAAUAAUCACAGUUGUGCCAGUCGCCUUGUUAAAUUAUCAUGUUAAAAGAUUAUUAUUUUACUUUUUGUUUUCACUUACUCGAAUGAUCCUUUUAUUAUUUAUUCCUACCGUAUAUAAUAUGAAUAAAUGUUAUAUCAAAAGAG